UUUAUUGUGUAGAGCUGAUUGCGGUCGGUGAGUGAGUGACAGCAGGUGAAACGGAGUUCACGGCAGAAACGCGGAGACGCAGAAACGCCUGAGCGGGACACAAACCGAGACGAGAGGACGGAGACAGAAAGUCUUCCACUGAUUAGAUGAUGUUCCCUUCUGCUGCCGUUUCUGACGCCCAGAGUGGAGCUGCAAUAAGAGAAGGAAUCUGAUGCCUUAAGAAAAUCCAGACAAUCCCUUUGCAAUUGGAAGAGGAUGGGACGUCCCGCGGAGCUUUUGUUUCCUGUGGUAGGAAACUUAAAUCACUUCAGCGCUCUGUUUUCGUUGGUUCGCACAGUGUCUCAUGAAGACUCUCAUGGUGUCGUCUGAUUGGUCCCCCAAAUCCACUGAAGACCCGUCAGCCAAUCGGCCGCCGUCUGGCAGCAGCAGCAGCAGCGUCUCCUCUGCAGCACAUUUCGCUUCAGUUGGGACACAGUGCAAGGAGACAGAGAGGGGAGAUCGAGCUUCGCUGCAGCUGAAUCUGGGAUUCUAGUCAAGUGAUCUUCAUCAUGGAGGUUCCCAGGAGGCCUCAGUCCUCCUUCACACUGGCUCUCCCUAAACCAGCCUCAUCUGCUCUGUCUUCCCUGGGAGCUGUAGAGAAGGUUACCAAGAAAGAUCCAAUGAAAGAAAAACUCCUGGAGAGGACAUAUGAUCAAGCUGGACAAGAAAAGAGAAACUUGGAGGAGGCGUUUGAGUCGGAUGUGUCUGUGUUUGUGGAGGCACCUGGCGAUUCUUCAGAACUUGAAGAUAUAAGUACUGCUCGAACAAAUUCAAGACUUCCCUCACAGGACAGUUUUUCAGAGGAGAGCUCGAUAUCACAGGAGAGGUUGGCAGAGGAGGCCAAAGAGGCUAAGAAGAAGUCUGAAGAGGAGGCAGCAGCAGCUAAAGAGAGGGCAGCGCAGAGACAGCUGCUGGCUAUAGAGGAGCUGGUCCAGUCUGAGAGGAAUUACCUUCGAAUGCUGCAACUCAGCACUGUGACUAUCAGGAGCAACCUGCAGAAACUACAGCCUCCUCUAUCCAACCUGGACAGCAUGUUCCUGUACAUAGAGGAGGUGAUCGACGUGUCAAGCCGUCUGCUCAGCCUGUUGGAUCAGAAGCAGGUCAAGCCUGGAAACCCAAAUUUCCUGGAGACGCUCUGCAAUUCAUUCCUCAGCCUGUCUUCAGACAUCGAAGCUGCCUAUAAGGAAUACUUGGCCAACUACAAUCAAGUGACGGUGAUAGAGGACGGCUACAAACAGAAGGAGGCCCUCUGGAAUGAGAUAGUAAAAGUCAUCAAGGCCUCAGCGCCUGAAGUCAACGCCACCUCUCUGAGUUUCUUCCUGGUCAUGCCGGUGCAGCGGAUUGCCCGCUACCCACUCCUCCUGCAGACCAUCCAGAAGCACACCGACCCGACUCACCCGGCCUAUCCGCUCCUGGAGCAGACGGCUCACACCUCCAUCGCCUUGAACUGUCGCAUCAAUGAGUACAAACGCUUCAGAGAAGUUGCUGAUAAAUACAAGAAGACGGAAACCCUGACCAUCAAAGACAAGAUCAACCGCCUCAACUCCCACAGCAUCGCAAAGAAGACCGCGAGGUUCAGCCAGCACUUUAAACAUGAGACUGGGAUAGCAGCUAAGCUCGUGGAUGAGGAGUUUGAUGCCUUGGAAGGUUUCUUUUACGUUCUGGAGAACGGGAUCCUGGAGCUUCUGGAGAAUGUGGAGACAUACCUGAACCACUUACAGGCGUUCCUGGCCUGCAAGACUGAAGAGUUUGACUUUGAUAUGGAUGGAGAAAAGGCACCUAUUUGCUACAAGGAGAUCACUACUGCACUCAGACAAUGGAUUCUUCCGACAUUUGAGAAGAGGAUGAGGACUUUGAUCCACAAGCCACUGUGUGCGCUCCGUGACCUCCUGGUGGGCCCAAGGAACCUGAUCAGAAAGAGGCUUGACAAGCUUCUCGACUACGAGCUGAUAGAGGCCAAACCCACUCUGAGCUACGAGGAACAGGCUGUGGCAAACACAUACAGGACCAUGAACACGCUGCUCCUUAACGAGCUUCCUCAGUUUAACGGUCUGGCUCUGCAGAUGAUCUGGAGCAUGUUGGGGACAUUCAGCUGUCUGCACAAAGACCUGGCCUCAGACAUGGAGCAGCUGUUCCAGAGCUUUGCACAGCAGCUCCCUCAUAGCUCCGUCCAUCCUGCUGCAUUCUGGGAGUGGGCAGAGUCUGCGGUGCUUGAAGGUGCGAGGAGGCUGGAGACUUUAUGUCAGACUGUGCAGGACACACUCAAUGCACCAGUCGUGCAGCCUCUGAGCCCAUCCUCUCAGCGUCGUCUCAAGCAGCUAACAGACAAGCAUGGCUCUGGAAAGAUCUACCAGGUGAUGACCACAGUGGUGGGCAGCCGGGACCUGGACCUGAACCUGGUUAAGGGGGAGCUGGUGGCUGUAAUCAGCGAAGCCGACACCCGCGGAGACAAGCGAAGAUGGCUGGUUGAUGCAGGAGGCAGAAGAGGCUACGUUUCGAACUCGAAGCUCAUUCGAUAUCACCAGCCAGCGGAGGACCCGCCCCCUUCGCCACACUUGACCCUGCCAGAGGGCAUGAGUGGAGUCAGAAGACACUCCUACACCCCACAGAGCCAGCAGCUGACGGUCACGAGGCAGCCUUGCUUCCAGGUGUUGGCAGUUUAUGACUUUACGGCGAGGGGGAACCAUGAAGUUUCUGUCCGGGCUGGAGAACCUGUUCGUGUCCUUGAGCCACAUGACAAACGAGGGAACCCUGAAUGGAGCCUGGUGGAGGCAGGAGGCGGUCAGAGAGGAUACGUGCCCUCCAACUACCUCGCCAUGAUGCCGAUGGGGACAGGGCCGUCCAGCAGCUACUACCCUUACUGCUAGGAGAGGCGGAGGAAGGAAGUAGGGCAGCGUAUAUCAGCAUGUGCAGUAUGAGAAGGAUCUUUUUCAAUACUAUAUUUUUGAAUGCUAACAGCAAUAGUUUUUAAAUGAAGCUACAGCUGCUUCUCAAACGGUAGCAUGCAACUACAGCUUGACCGUCAAAUACUUUUAUUUUCGGUGUCAAAAUCAGUGUUUUUAAAAAGAUAUCAGAGCAACUACUUAAUCUACAUGUAUGCAAUGGUCACUGUGUGAGCGCUAAAAUGCUAAGUUUUGUUAGCUGACUGCUGUGUUCAAUUUGACAACUGGAAUUUUUAAAUAUCUUUUCAUGGCUUUCUUGACACCCAAAUCCUGUGCAAAGCAGUGCAGGGAGAAUCUCAGAAUCACCUUGAAAGUUAAUUAAAGGAAAGAUUAAGUGUACCAACCUUUCGCUUUCACAGGUAAGGGGUCAUUGGCCAUGUCUUAGGCUAUUCCUGUACUAACUUGAAUGCAUAUGAAAAUCAAUCUAAUCCUGCAUUUUGUAGCACGAAAAACUCUGAAGUGAGCAUGACACAAGUUUGAUGUAAUGCUGUGGACUAAUUCAGUUUUCUCUCUCUUUUUUUGACCGUAGCAUCAUACGAGCUCUAGCUAAACAUCAGAAAGUACUGGACGAUUCGACAGUCAGAAAAUGCGAUAAAGCUGCUGGUUUAAGUGGCUGGAAUGUGUGCAAUAGAAGACAUUUAUGCAUUGCUACUAUUUUUUUUUAGCUCAGCGUGGACAGUAAAUCUGUAAGUGUCGAUGGAAAGUAUUUGAUGUCCAGAUUUUUUGACUUUUCCAAGUCAUAACUUACAGCAUUUUUCAGAUAUUCAGUCUUUUCCAUGAACCAGAUAGCAGCUAUUAUUGUCCGUAAAAGCUGCAAGGGCAAUCUCACCUGGUCAGACCUACUUUCUCCAUCACUUUCAACAUGGCAAAAGUCUGAACUCCACCCAUCUCCAUUAUUUUCUUGAGGCAUAACAGAGAGCAGACACAAAACUUGGGUCAAUAAUGGUGCUAAAUUGUAGAAAAACAUUGAUUGCAUUGGUAUACAAACGUUUGGAAAUUGUCAGCUUCCGAGAUAUAAUUGGUUAUAUCUUACAUACUUUGACAAGUUGAACUGAAAAACAAAUGAAAAAACUGAUGAUUGGCUAAUGUCUCCAAGAUGUUUAAUGACAAAGUUUUAUUCUGUAUUUAUAUGUACAUAAAUCUUGCGUUUGAAAGAAUACUUCUGUCUGAAUUGUCAAAAUGCUACCCUAGCAAGGAUUAAACAAAAGAAGUCUCAUGACUCAUUGUAACUAAAUGUAUUAGGAAAAUACAAACUGAAACAACACUGAAAACAUCCUAUAGAACAACAGUUAUUCAGUAUUUGCAUGAUGCUUUUUGGAUUUUCUCGUACACAGCAUCAUCCCUUCACAUAUUCCAACAGUAGUCAGCCAGCAUAGAUGGACUCCAUUUUCCCUGAUGGGUUAUUUGGACACUGCACAGUCCAUUUUUCCUCUCUUGAUAUUCCUCUUGCAACUGGAGAAACCAUACAAAAAUAACAAUCACUACUGUGAUGUGUUGGUUCUCGCCAAAUCAUUGGAACUGCAAAAGGCAUAGAUUUUCUUUUUUGUGGAGCCAGUGAUGAAAAUUAGUUGCAUGUAUGUUACAACAACGAUGUGGGGCUCAACUCUUGUCCUGCAUCCAAAAUGAAGACAACAUGCCUUUUUCACAACAGCAGCUGUACUGCGCUUUUGAGAUUACUUCACCACAAAUAUAACAGAAGUUAUCUUUGUUGUUUACACAGUUUCAAGGCAUCUCUAAUUCCUCAGGUAAAAACUAAAAGACAGUUUGAUAAAAGUAUCACACACUGACAAAAGCUGUUACAUAUGACUUAGAUUGAUGCUCGCCGUGUCUUAUGAAAUGUAACAGAGAGGCCGUGUUCUAUGUAAACAUUAGCAUAGAUGAAUAUGUUCUACAUUGCAGAAAUGUUUUGAGUCAACUUGUAGCUCAGACAUAUACAUAUCCUUUAACUGAUAAUCCCUCUCUCAUGUAGAAUUUCAAUAUUUGACUUGUUACUGUAUCUUGAUAACAUGAGCCAACCAUCAGUUUUUACUUAUUCUUUUGUCUUUUUUAGUAACUGAAAGUAGGUAAAGUUUAGCUACUUCUGUUCUGGAAGCAUUUUGCUUGUGGACCAGUGUUAGAAGGAAAACCUAACGGUUAAAAAGACGUGAAGAGCUGAGAUUAAUGAUGCUCCAUAAAAAUGAAGGCAAUCUUUUUUAUUAUUCCCACUGAGAUGUUAACAGGAGCUGGAGUUUAGUUUGUUGCUUCCAGCUGUUUGUAGGAAUCUUUCUUCUGUAGCAUCAAGCAGUAGCAAGAUCCAUAUCCCUGACACUGAAGCAUUUUUCUGUAUAGUCCAGUCUCGUGACAAAUGUGGAUAUGUCUGAUUGAAGCUUUGAGGAACCUUAAUGGGAAGAUGACUUAUGUCUGAAUGACAGAAUGCCAUCACUUUAGCAGACUGAUGAAGUUUUCCAUGUCUGAAAAGGGCUUAUGUGACACAGGAAGGAAGCAGCAGCCCUGCAGCUGGUUGUUUUUUGGUGUCAUGGACAUUCGGGAAGGUUAGACGCUUUCUGUGACUUUAGGCUGAAGGACAAUCUUAAAGUUGCACUGAAAAUUUGUUAUGGCUUGUUACAAGGCAGCAGAGACGAUGAGGAGAAUAGUUUCGAGGGCUCGCGGGGGCCAUAUGAGCUGAAUGAGAGGAGAGGAGUCCGGGGCCUACCCUUGACUCAUUUCACGUGAUCCUCAGAGGCUGAGAAGGGCACUUUGAAUUGAUAAAGAUAGGCUGCAUGUUCUCGUUAGAGGGCGUGUGUGUUAGCGAGCUAACUGGAACACUUAGACAUAUAGAGAGCAAAUUGUAUGUGUGUGUGUGUGCAUCUGCGUGAGAUGAAAUUGUGCUGACAGGUGAGUGUGUGUGUGUUCCCCGAGUCUCCUCCUCACCUGGAGGCAACAGCAGCAGCACUGUAUCGAGACUGACAGGUACACAGCGCUCUCAUCAUCUCAGACUGUGUAAUGUGAUGUAAAUGUAAAAUGUCUCCAGGGCCGAGCAGGAGAGGGAGGAGGAGAGGAAGAAACUCAUACAGGGAGGAGGAGUGAAGGAGUUGGAGGGUGAACGGAGAGAAGAUGUGAGGAGGCAUAGCAAGCUGGGAGGAGACGACGAACUGCAGCACAGAGUUAUCCUGUUAGUUCGAAUCUAUUUCUCCCCCUUUUCUGCCCAUGAGCUGAUUUAAAUUCACUCUUUUCUCUCCUCACCAUUGUGUUUUCACUCGUUCGGAGCCCAUUACAGCAAGAGUUUGAUUCUUCCGUCGGGUUUUAUGCUUCAAACGGUUCAUAUCGUAGAUGUAGACGAGUCAGGAGCCACUCGCAUCUCUAUUCAUAUGCACCUGAUGAUGCUCGUUGCUAUGGAUACGGUUCAAUCAAUGCAGGUCAUGCCUCUGUGUGGCAUUUCUUCCGAGUGAGACGGACUGUGAAAGCAUUUAGCUACAGCAGAUUUUAACUCGCUCAUGUCCCCUGCACUGGAAGUUUGCCGCCUCAUUAUCCCAGUGGCCCUUUCUGGAGAUUUACAGACCAGCAUUGAUAAUAAGGGCUUCUCCUCAUCUAUUUACCCCGCGGAGUCCAGAGUGAAUGCCUCAUAUAUGCGUUUUAUUCCCCUGCUUUCAACUUUUAAAGUCACAGUAUUAUGUAUUGAUAUGGUGUUCUGGGUAGGAAGCAACUUCCUAACUUGCUACAAAAACUAAAUUUAAGUAAUUUUCCGAUUGUGUAAACUGACAAUCUGGAAUUGGAGCCUAAUAGUUUGUUUAUAGUAGUUUGCUUUGAAUUCUAUAUGUGCGUAUGGCCCAUAAUUUUCUUGAAACGCUUCCCCUCUGCCUCACAUCAUGCCACAUCUAAGCAUGCAUAGAACAUUAUUCUAAUCCGCACCAGUUUCUCUAUGGAAAAUCCAUGUUGGAAGAUUUUUAUUUGUGUUAAAAGUUUAGUUUUUAGCUAUUGGCAAGAAAAGCAUUCUACCUACCCAUUCUUCAAGUCCAUUUCUAGCCUUAAAAGCAUGAAAAAAAAAUCUAAAUAAUCAUUUUAUAGCUGAACUGCUCAAUAUUUUAAUCAUAAAAUGUCUAAAAUCACAACAGGUAGUUUAAAAGGAGAACUUUGUAGCGAUGAUUUUGCAGAUAAUUGUCACAAACUGUGAAAAUCCAUCAUCCAUGCAGGCAAACAAAGGCUAGCUAAAGAAUCAGAUAAUGUUGCACUAUGUGUAAACCAGCAAUAGAUAAUUUUCCAGGUUUUCGAAGCCAUAAUCUGUCAGAUUUUGUGGAAUUUUACCUCCAAGUGGCAACAAAAUUAUAUUAAUGCUGCUUCAACCUUUCCAGCAUAAGAGAAUUGUAGAUGUUUUACUGAAAAAGACUCUUACUCUUCCAACAUGGCCGCACCGUCAGCUCUUCCCGUUACAUGGCCGUGUCUUGAGCCUUUUCAUGUUGGAUUGUGCUGCAUCAGCUGCUGUGGAUGUGAAGCAGAAAGAGGGAGCCUCGGAUUCAGAGCUGCUCAGCUGGAGCUUAGCUGUUCCCAUCAGUCUGAAUGUCAGGACGGAGCAGAGCAGCAGGAGGGACAGAGAGGGAGAGAGACAGAGAGAGAGCCUGUGUGAUGAUACUUAUGCCAAAAUACCAAAUGUCCUCAAGGUUAGCGAGAUGAGCACGAAAAUCUCUCAACCUGAGAACAUUUUGUCCACUUUCACCUCUUCAAAGGCCAUUUUAGGGGUGAAAGGAACAACUCAGCCGUGUACUGUAAGUGCAUUAAGCCUCACAUUUUGGGAUCUGUUCAAUUGGAUAUUUCUUUAAUUCCAAUGAAUGACAGACUGCUGUUUUAGAUGAUGUUUCCUGCAAAUCAAAUUUCAGAUGUGUUUUGUGUUAUAAAAUGUAUUUACUGCUCGAAAACUUGCAGAUAAUUAACUAUUUUUACUUUAAAAACCACUCCUGAUGAAGAUUGUGAACCACUUUCUAAUAAUAGUGAAUGGGGGACUACUCGAUUAAAUCAAAAACUGGAUCAUAUUUAGGGCAUAUUUAAGCCAUAAACAUGUCCGUAUGGUUUUGAAUGCGUCUAUAUUAAUUACCAAAGGAGGCUGUAGUUUUUCUUAUCUCCACUAGAGGGAGGAGGAGACUUUAGUUGGCUGUGUCUGAUAAGAAAGACUGUUAAUUUCACUGUGGAACUAGAAAAUGUGUGUUUUAAAGACCAGCAUCAUUACCUUUGUCAGUAUUGAUCCUGACAACUUCUGAGAAUGCAGCUGAACAAAAUUCUGUACAUUCUGUUAAUAUUGUUAUUUUUUUAUUAUUAAUCUGCUGUCAAAGCAACAUGUUUAACCUGCUUUUACAGUCUGUACAGCAAAUUUGUUUCAUAAUUUAUUGUUUUGUAAUUGUGUUUUGAAUCAUGUUGGUGUUUUAACUUAUUCAGCGCCACAGGGUUACAUGAUGUCAAGAUGAAGCAUGAAGUCUUUGAAGUGUUGCCAAAGUUGUGAUGUUAAACUCGCUCGCUCACACAUGUAUUCACGCAGCAGAUGGGAGUUUCUGCAGUGCAGCAGCGGUAUCUGUCAGGGCAGCUGUGGACUGACUGUGUGACUUCAAUAAAAACUCAACUGAAA